GAUGAGUGAUAGAGUUUCAACUCUAGCUAUAAGGGUUGAAAAGCUUUCUAACGAUGAAAAUCCGUCACUUGAUAUGUGGGCAAGGAAAUGGGCAGCGUUCAUAAACCACAUGGAUGUUAACGGAGAUGGAAAGAUGGAUGAAUACGAAUUUGUCAAUAUGACGGCAGCAAGAGUGAGAGCAAUCACGGAGUCUGCAGAGAAGGAGGAGGAGAUAAAAGUGUUCUUAAAGGAAACUUGGAACAAAUGGUGGAACGGUUUUAUGAAUGCAGAAAACUUAAAAAGUUUUUCAGCAGAUGACGUUAUUUCAACCGAGGCUAAAACCAGAGCAAAGAUGGUUGAUAUGCAACACUUGAUCAUGGAAGUCAAAUGGUCGCAUACUUUUUUCGAGCUCGUGGACACAGAUGGGAAUGACUGUCUGAACAAAACAGAGCAUGCAAAUUUUCUGAAGAUAUUCCGCGUCCCAUUUUCCUCGGCUCUUUUCUCUGAAGCAGAUACCAACAGCGACGGCGCUAUAAGCAAAAGUGAAAUGAUAAUAAAGGAGUUAGCCUGGGUAAUAGACAACAGUGGAGAGGGGGCGGAUUUUUACGGGAAAAUACAGUAAUUCCACGUCUACCAUUUAGUUGGAACGGGCUACAUAAAGCAAUAAUAUUGGUAUUGGUUUU